UUUGAUUUUAAUUUUACGUGAAAUGCUUUUAAAAUGUUUAAAUUAGUCAUUUUUGCGUGUUUUCUUGCUCUAGCAAGUGCUGAUCCGCAAUGGCCAGGAAUCCCUCAAAUCCCCGGAGUCCCAAAAGUUCCUCAAAUACCCGGAAUUCCAGGCAUUCCCCAAAUCCCAGGUGUCCCAAAAUUGCCUCAAAUUCCCGAUUUUCCCAACUGGGAUGACUUUAGCAGUGAUGACGGAGGUGAACAAAUCGCCUUAUCUCAACCAGUUUUCCCGGAAGAUGCUCGUGCCCGUACCUCAUCUCGCAUUGUAGCUGGAUUUCCCGCCCAAGUUGGUCAAUUUCCGCAUCAAGUACGAAGUAUCACGCAAGUUUCCGCUACCGAAUCCAGCGUUUGUGGCGGCUCAAUCCUGUCGGAAACUGUCGUCGUUACUGCCGGGCACUGCACUUAUCGUCACACAACCUUCCAACUUGGCUUCGGAUCUGUGGAAUUUAAUAAUCCAGCGUUGACUAUCACGACCAGUCACAAAAUCGAACACGAAUUAUACAAUCCAUCGAAUUUAAAUAACGAUAUUUCGUUGUUAAUUCUUCCUCAGAAAAUUACUUUUUCGCGAAAUAUUCAACCGAUUCAGCUGCCAAGUUAUCGUCAACGAAGUCAGACUUUCGCAGGGGUCAAAGCCACAGUUUCGGGUCACGGAAAAACGUCGGAUAACAGUCAAGUGUCGACCCGAUUGAUGUACACGCACGCCCGAGUGAUCGCAAAUUGGCAAUGUGCUCGUUAUUAUGCCCCGGGAAUUAUUGUGCAGUCCACGUUGUGCGCCACAGGAUGGGAUAAUAAUCGGCAGUCGACGUGUAAUGGGGAUUCGGGAGGUCCAUUGAUCGCUUAUGACAAUAAUAUUAGACAAAAUAUCUUGAUUGGAGUUGUUUCCUUCGUUUCGGGCAAUGGAUGUCAGACGGGAAUUCCAUUUGGAUUUGUUAGAACUACGAGUUAUUUGGAUUGGAUUCAACGCAAUUCGGGACUUCAAGUGAGGCCAUAAAGUUUUUGAAGAGUUUUGACUGAAAAGAUAAUAAAUUAAAUUCUGUUAAACGAAAAUUUGGUGUUUUUUAUGAAAGUUUUUCCUUUUUACGUAUAAU